CAGAUAACAUUUGACCCAUUCCAUUGUUUUUCACGAAGGUGACAGAAAUAAUAGACCCACUUCGUACAAACAACAGUAUCAUUAUUGUCACAACAACCAAACCCAAAACGGAACACUUCACAAUUCAUUCACACACAACAACACAAACACUAAGCUCUCAUCUACUUCCGACUUGUUCCACCAUGAAAACCCACCAACAACCAAAGCUAAAAACCCAACUUUUCUCUUGUGGCUUCUUCCGCCACUGCGCCCAAACCGUUCUCAGCCCCACCGCCGCCACCCCACCUCUUCCUCACACUCCCCCAACCUUCCAAUGCGAAUCCUCCACCUCCUCCUCUUCCUCCACCACUUCCCAAAGCUUCACCCAGUGGAGAUUCUCUCCCCCAACCCCCACUCCCAACACCACCACCACCACCACCAAUAACACCAACAACCUCAUCAAAACAAACACACACACAAGCUUUAAUGUUCCUCUUCCUCCUCCGCCGCCACCACCACCACAAAUCCACAACCUCCAAGAACUCUUCCACAUUUCAGAACUCCAACUAACAACAGACCCAGCUUCUGCCCUUCAACUUCUAGAACGUUCUCUCGUUCCCAACCCACCUCAACACCAACCUCCUUGCCCUCCCAACCUCAUGCACGCUCUCACGCGCAACCUCGCGCUCGCCAAACCCGCCACCAAGAUCCUCUUCGCGCUCUGCCUCUCCGAUGUCAACCGCCGUGUGGCCGUCGAGACCGGCGCCGUCUCCGCCGUCAUCGAGGCCGCCCUCGAACUCGACGGCGCCCCUUCUGAGCGCGCCCUCGCCGCCCUCGAGCUCAUGUGCACGCUGCCCGAUGGCGCUCACGAGGUCCGCGCCCACGCCCUCGCCGUCCCCGUCAUGGUUACCAUGAUGGGAAAGACCGCUGCCCGCGCCAAGGAAUACGCCAUCGGAGUCCUGGCCGUCGUGUACGGUGGCUCCACAUCCGACCACCAGACCGCGCCCCCGGAGGAGGUGGCGCGUGCGGUGGAACUCGCGCUCCAGGGCGAGUGCAGCGCUCGGGCCAGGAGGAAAGGUGCCCAGCUGUUGAAAACGCUGAAACAUCUCUCUGAAGCUGAGCCUCUCCCUCUGGACAACAAUUGAAGUUUUUGAAACAAAGUUCUAAGUUUUUUUCUAUGUUUUCAUUCACAAAAUAAAAUAAAAAAAAUCUGUAUUUGAAAUAGAGAAGUUGAGAUUGAUUGUGUUUGUUGUUAUUAUUAGUGAGAUGUUAUGGAUGAAUGUAACUGUGUUACAGAGUUGAAGUCA